GUUGUAAAGUGUUAACACAAGUGAGUGAGUCUUUUAUAUGGAAACAAAUGUGACUUCAACUUCCCAAUGGGGAAACUCACCUGGCUUACUUAUCGGUUUAGCUGUGACUAGGUCAACGUCAGCCUUCUCUUCCCCCCAACAAAAGAAGGAUACAAUGCGUGAGGGGUCAUGGUGAGACAGCCACAGACAGGGUUAUCCGACUACUGCCUCUGGCCUUAGCACCACAUCCAGACACAUUUCCAGGUUUGCCCAGGCGCAGCACAGUAGAUGACCAUCACCAUACUCCACGAGGUCUCAACACUUUCUCCGCCUGAUCUGAGAGUUCCUAAGUCUAGUCAACACCAGAGUAAACAGAGACACAAGUAGCCAGAACGACCGCCGCGACUACAUCACCUACCAGUAUUCACAUUCACGCACACGCACGCACAAAGUGUCCCACGUUUGGAGUACAUUGUACAUUGCACAUCGCAACCCCACCUACUCCACUUCUUUCCACUUUCUCGAAUCCUCCCACUUCCUCCACUCCUCCAGUACUCGUACUCCUUCCCACUUGGCGAUGAUCAUUCACACUUGGCCCGUUUAGGAUCCAUCAUAGGCUCAUAGCUGCAUAGCAUCAUCGCAUCACCACCACCACCAUCACCAGGCACUUUUACUCGCCCCAACCCUGACGUGCUUCGAACAGCGGACAUCGCUCUCAAUCUCCGUAAACCAACUUACCUACGACGCGCCACAACCGGGUGCAGCGAUUUAUUUACCAUAAUUCCCAUUACUGGCAGGUCAGGGAUACGAGAACUGGAGAAGAGAACCUGUAACUGGAGAUAAUCUCUCCAUACAAAGCAACGUUGUCCAAGCGUUUCGAUAUUCGCGGAUACCAACCCCCCCUCCAAACUUACCGCUUUAGCUUCUGGGCACCCCACUACCCCUAAUCUAUACCUCUAUCGCGACGAACUCUCUCGGAAAACAAACAAGAAAACACUCUCAACAGUAGACAGACUGUAAUAACUCAAGAAAUCAUGGCUCCAACAUCCGGAGUUCCUCAAAGAGUGCGAAAUGAUGGUUAGUAUUGUUGUAUUGUCAAUAUCGUAACUCGGCUGAUAAGGAAUAGAUUCCUGGGUUGAGAUUGCCUCCCAACCUUCCUCCUCCUCUGUUUCCUCCAUCGGCGACGAAGUGGUUACAACUGGCUUACGAGUCCAACAUGAUCCCAACACGCACAGGAGACGGUACGUACGAGGAGGUGUUCCAUCGCGAAUGAACAUGGAAAGAAGACAGACAGGUACUAGCAGCCAGGAGGAGUACGACGAGAGUGAGAGCGAAGAUGAUCAUGUCAUGGCCAUCUCAAAUGAGCGAGUUACACCUGGUACUCGUCUCCUCAAUAUGCCAGAACCAGAACCAGAAGUGGAAAGCCUAUCUUCAGACGAGGAUGAUGAUGAGAAUGCUACGGCAUUAGGGAGACGAACCUAUGAACCAUUCACUCCACAGCCCAACGCCUUCUCUCACCCUCCUCUAUCCCACCAUCACCGAUCUUCAGCGCCAGGAUCUUAUUUCCCCGACCGAAGAUCAAGCUUCGACAGAAACCCAUACAUACCUCGUAGACAACCAUCCUACAACCAAGCCGAUCAUGAUGCUGCUCUCCGUGCCUCUCUCACUACUCUACUUUCCAUCGGUGCUGCUGCUGCUCGAGGAAAGCGCAACCAACAAAAUCCCACAGCUACCAACAAUGAACCAAUGGGCCUUCGCCUAGUACCUGAAUCUGAACUGAUCAGUCCACCUCCCGCACCACCCGCCAACACUUCACGACCCCUCUCACCUAGACCACGUAGUACCCCCAGUAUCUCAUCACAAGAAGCCUAUGAAAAGAACAAGCGAAAAGCCAAUAUAACCACCACCACUAAAACCGGCGAGAAACUCCGUGCAGAGAAGAAGCGAAAAAGGAGCGUACAGGUUAUAUCUGAAGGAGAGGAGGCUCUCGUCUCUCCUACGCUUCUUACCUGGGUUGUUUCUGCUGGCGUAAUCGUUCUUGUAAGUGUUGUUGGAUUCGGUGCUGGAUAUGUGUAUGGUAGGGAGGUUGGAAGAGAAGAGAUGCUCGCUGGAUUCCAGGGCUCGGGCUUUUCGGAGGGUGGUAAUUGUGGUAGGGAGAUUGCGAAAAGCGGUGCAGGACAUGCGGGGAGUUUGAGGAGAUUCAAGUGGGGGAUUGGUGGGGGGAGGAGUAUUGUUGCUUGAGCCUCUCUACUCUCUGACCCAUCAUUGCUACGGAAUAUUUAGACAGUGGGUUCUGCUCAUUAUGGGACGUUCUACAUAAGAACCUGAUAUUUGGAUAAGGGUACGAACGGCCUGAAUAAGGGUACGAACGGGUAUAUGAAGUUGAUGAUGGAUGAUGAGGAUGCUCUCGCCCCCUUUUUCUCUUUUCUUCUACAUGUUUUCUUUUUCUUCUUGGACUACGGGAAUUGGCGUUUUUGGAGUAAUGGUGGUAUGAUUGAGGGCAUUUUAUGCAUGUGAUUGAGACUGAAUGAUUCUUUUUUAUUUAUUUUAAUUUGGUUUUGUAAAGCAAGCGAGCGUGUGUGCUAGAUGAGGGGUUUUCUCUUCAUUUUUUUAUGAGAUGUUGAGAUGUUGAGGGGGGUUAUGGAGUGGGUGUUUGGGAAUGGAUUAGGAUAUGAUGGGAUGGUGUGAAUAGUUUAGAUAGAGAGAGGGGAAGGGAGGAG